CCUGCGCGGAGAGCCGGGCAAGCGCACGCUCGUACGGCGGCCGCAGCGGCAGGGCGGGGCCGGCAGGGCGGGCGGCGGAGGAAGACCCUCGAUCGUGACCUCGCCUCCCUCGGUGUCUCUCUCCGACCUCCGCCACGUACCGGGGUCCCGAGGACUUGUGCACAGUGGCCAUGGGCGGCGUCGGGGAGCCCGGCGGGGGACCCGGGCCGCGGGAGGGGCCCGCACCGCUGGGGGCGCCCCUGCCCAUCUUCCGCUGGGAGCAGAUCCGCCAGCACGACCUACCAGGCGACAAGUGGCUGGUCAUCGAGCGCCGUGUCUACGACAUCAGCCGCUGGGCACAGAGGCACCCAGGGGGCAGCCGCCUCAUCGGCCACCACGGUGCGGAGGACGCCACGGAUGCCUUCCACGCCUUCCACCAGGAUCUCCGUUAUGUGCGCAAGUUCCUGAAGCCCCUGCUGAUUGGAGAGCUAGCCCCAGAGGAGCCCAGCCAUGAUGGAGCUCAGAAUGCCCAGCUGAUUGAGGACUUCCGAGCCUUGCGCCAGGCAGCUGAGGACAUGAAACUGUUUGAAGCUGACACUACUUUCUUUGCAUUCCUGCUGGGCCACAUCCUGGCUAUGGAGUUGCUGGCUUGGCUUAUCAUCUACCUCUUAGGCCCUGGCUGGGUGUCCAGCAUCCUUGCAGCCCUCAUCCUGGCCAUUUCUCAGGCUCAGUGCUGGUGUCUGCAACAUGAUCUAGGCCAUGCCUCCAUCUUCACUAAGUCCAGGUGGAACCAUGUGGCCCAGCAGUUCGUGAUGGGGCAGUUGAAAGGCUUCUCUGCCCACUGGUGGAAUUUCCGCCAUUUCCAGCACCAUGCCAAGCCCAAUAUCUUCCACAAGGACCCAGAUGUGACUGUCGCACCUGUCUUCCUCCUGGGGGAGUCAUCUGUGGAGUAUGGCCAGAAGAAACGCAGAUACCUGCCCUACAACCAUCAGCACCUCUACUUCUUCCUGAUUGGUCCACCGCUGCUUACUUUGGUGAACUUUGAAGUUGAAAAUCUGGCGUACAUGCUGGUGUGCAUGCAGUGGACGGACCUGCUGUGGGCUGGCAGCUUCUACUUCCGCUUCUUCUUGUCCUACUCUCCCUUCUACGGUGCCACUGGGACACUGCUCCUCUUUGUCGCUGUCAGGGUGCUGGAGAGCCAUUGGUUCGUGUGGAUCACGCAGAUGAACCACAUCCCCAAGGAGAUUGGGCACGAGAAGCACCGGGACUGGGCCAGCUCUCAGCUGGCAGCUACCUGCAACGUGGAGCCUUCACUCUUCAUUGACUGGUUCAGUGGGCACCUCAACUUCCAGAUUGAGCACCACCUGUUCCCCACGAUGCCAAGGCACAACUACCGCAGAGUGGCUCCCCUGGUCAAGGCAUUUUGCGCCAAGCAUGGCCUACACUACGAGGUGAAGCCUUUCCUCACCGCCCUGGUGGAUAUCAUCCGGUCCCUGAAGAAGUCUGGCGACAUCUGGCUGGAUGCAUAUCUCCAUCAGUGAAGGCAGCACCCUCAUGGCUGGCGAAGGGGGUAAGGAUCCAGGCUCGAGCAGUCACCAAGCCACUGGGCGAGAUCGGCAGCCCUCCUCACCCCCUGCUGAGGCAGCUAGUCUGCCUGCCUGGUCCCGCUGGCUUUCCUCAGCCCUCAGCAUUUUCUGUUCAGGAGCCCUAUGGCCGUGGCACAUGUCCAACAGGACCAGGGGCAGAGGGAACAUACCUAAAGCUACAUGGUGAACAUAGCAUGUUUUCCCAGAGCAAGAAUUGGAGGAAAACUUGUUAUUUUUAUAUAAAAAAAAGCAACCCAGAUGCGUGGAGCCAAGUGUUGGAUUUUCAUGGGUUUUGGAGCAGAGUCUGCUUCAGACUUCCCAGAGGGCAAGUCAGACUGUCGGGAUGGGAUGGAGUGUAAGGACUUCCCCUCCAUCCUGGGUGCUCCAGCUCAAGGAGGUCAUAGCGAUUCCAUCUCAGCUGUACCUGAGGGCUUGGUCCCUUCCUGUUCCUACACUCAGCAAGCACCCUAGGGUGAGUUACUACUCAAAGGCCCAGGGUGAAGGCCACACCUGCAGGAGCCUCUGGGUUAUGGGAUGGGAUGGGUUAUAUCCGUACUGGCCUCCUUUAGCCCGCCACGCAGGAAGACCCAGUAGUGGGGAGCUCUGCC